AUGCUCUUGUUCCUCUUCUUGUUUGGUCUGGCUCUGGGUGCCGAGUCUCCUUCAGGUGACCAUGAAAUGAAGCUACAGCGUGGGAACUGUCCCAUGUUCUGGUUCAGCUUCAACGGCCGCUGCUACAAGUAUGUCGCCACACAUAUGACCUGGGCUGAUGCAGAGCUCCACUGUGUGUCAGAGAGAGCCAACCUGGUGUCUAUCCAUAGUAUGGAAGAAGAGCAGUUUGUUAGAUCCCUGAUUAUGAAUUUUGACACUGCUGAAGGAUUCACCUGGAUCGGACUCGAUGACAUCCCCAAAGAAGGCAGUUGGAUGUGGUCUGAUGGAUGUGCAGUGAAAUUUGUCUUUUGGGAUGAAGGACAGCCAGACAAUUCUGGAGGAAAUGAAGACUGUGUUCACACCAACCAUCGUAUUGAUCGGACAUGGAAUGAUCUCCCAUGUUCUUAUACCCUUCCGUCUGUUUGUGCUUCUCGCAUAGACUGUCCUUAGCAACUGGUAUGACCUGGGCUGAUGUAGAGCUCCACUGUGUGUCAGAGAGGCCAAGCUGCUGUCUAUCC